GCAUCUGGACGGCAACCAGAUGAAGGUCCUCUUCGGCAACCUGUUGAUGGAAGGCGCUUGGGUGGUGGUCAUGAAGUUCAGGGCGGCGGCAAUCCUCUUGGAGUAUCAGAGGGCAGAGACUCAGGCGCCAACAAGCGCUAUGGAUCCAGUUGGAUUGCUAGUGCAGGGGAUGACGCAACUUCAAACGGCAAUGAAGGAGUCCUUGAGUCAGAAAGCUAGGGAGCCCAAGAUUGUGAAGCCUGGAGCUGUGGAUCUUCCAAGGCUACCGGAAAUUUCCACGAACUCUGCAAUUGACAUCGGGGACUGGCUCCAUGGCAUUCAAAACUACAUGGGGGAUCUCUCUAAUGCCAGUGGUUUGUGGUGGCGUGAAGUUAUGCAAUGUCUGAAGGCCUACUAUGAGGCCUACACUCGGGCUUCUCAUGUUGGGAAGCUUGCUCUUCGCCCUGAAGACUAUGAGUCGGCCGAGCUGAAGGACCCGCGAUGGGCGCGUGUGGACAAACGUGCAGUGGCCAUGCUUAUGGCGAGCUGUCCAGACUCCGUGAAGGAGGAGCUUUUGGCCUCUCGACUGAGCGGCACCUUGGCCAUAUUAGCUAGGGUGGUGGUUCUUUAUCGUCCAGGCAGUGUCUUGCUUGAGAAGGUGGGGACGUUGGAUGNNACAAAGAAACCACUGCUGGAUUACCCGGACAUCAGCUUCCGCAUCAGCAUGCUUCGCUAUAACCUGGAGGUGGACACGAGGCCAACAGAAAGGGGGGUAUGGGAUCUCCACAAUGCCCUCAUGUCUGAGUUUGAGCAGGUGGCGCACAGGGGUGGCCCCCCAAGUAGUUCUGGCACCCCGUUCGUGAAGGCAAUCGAUGGUGCUGGAAUACCUCCAUCCGCUAAACCACCUCAAGAGGCAGGCCUUGGCGGCUCGCCCUCUCCAAAGGCCAAGGCAAAGGCGGGACUCCUUCCUUGCAAGUUCUUCCUCACAGAUGCUGGAUGCUCAAAGGGGGAUGAGGAGGUUGAGGCGGCUUCGAAGGUCAAGGUCCAGUUGGCCAAUGGUACUGAGGCGUCCUUGGCCGAGGGGAUCCUUCUCAAUGAUAAAGCCGGCUGGGACUACCUGAAGGCAUUUCCAGUUUCAAGACAAAGGAGAAAAAGGAUGUUGACGUCCCAAUGGGUUGUCCAUCUCUAUGCGGGACCCGGAAAGGGAGCUGACCCUAUCCUCAAGGAGCUGGAUGAUGGCCGUGUCUUGCUUGAGGUGGACUUAACUCGAUCCAAGGCCUUUGACAUGAACAAGUUUGGUGGAGUCUAUCGCGGAUUGUUGUGGGCCGCGGCAACUGGCCGAGUGGCUGGAAUCAUUGGGGCUCCUCCUUGCCGAAGCUCAACCGACACGCCAUUGAUACUGAAACAGCUGUGGCUAACGCUUGUGGCCAAGGCCGCAGCCAUCAGGCAGGGCGAGUUUCCGGUGUUUGCGGCGGUGGAAGGACGUAAGCUUUUUGAGGCUGUCAAGGGCAACUUUGGCCAAGGAUGGGAAUCUCUUCGUGAAGUCUGGCCUUUGGUUUUGGAAGAGAUGUGCUUGGAAGAGGUUGCGGGCGUCAUAGCCACCAACUUGGACUUCAUUCUUCCCUUGGAGUGUACUACUUCCACGGGUGCAGCCUGGACUUCUUCCUUCAAGACGGCGAUCGUGGAGGCUGUACGGCGCUGGCAAAAGGAGCCAGAGUCACUUCAAGUUGUCAAGUGGGCCAAGAAGCUGGAUGUGAAGGGUUUCUUGGAGGGCUUCACAGAAAAGGAGCUUCGUAUGUGGCGUACACAUGUGAGGAACAAUCACACACCAUAUAACAGGAGAUGCCGGACCUGCGUUGCAAGUUCCGGAGUGGGGCGAAUGCACAGGCGCGUUAAGCAUCCAAGUGCGCAUUGCCUCAGCCUCGACGUAGCAGGCCCGUUCCGCCAAAAGGCGGCAGACCCGGAUCACCGAGAUUAUCGCUACAUGCUGAUCGGUGCCUACACCUACCCCAAGCUGGA